CUUACAUCGCGUGUUCCCUAUAAAAACAUUGCCAAAUAUUCAUGGCAAAGCUCAAAUAUUCAGUGUUACUAGCCGCUAAAUACGUAUAAAUGUGUAGAGUUGCAUAGUUCAUAUGCUUUAACUGUCUAGAUCGAUGUCAAAAUAUACCCAUGCAAAACAACCCUGAAAAUAACAAAGGUUUCCCGAGGAAAUUUCCUAUCUACACAGCGAUUUCAGCCGUGUGUUCGUAUUUAUAUUGAAUGUUAGUGUAUUAGAAGAAAUCUAUAUGUAUAUUUUAUAUCAAUGUACUCCUAAGUAACCAAUUAUAGAACGAAACUAAGCAAUACCUAUAACUGAAUAACAUAAAAGAUAGCUGGCCGAUCAAUAUAUAUUUUUGUACUCGUCUCUGGAAUAUUUAGUAGACAAUACAGUUACCCGAUAUGAAUAAUAAGAUCGAGUUGAAAUUCUUGAGGAGGAUUCCUAGUGAACAGGAAGCUAAGGUAAAGGCUGAGGAAAAGUCUAUUCUGAAGGCGAAUUUGACUGGUAAACCCAAACUAGCAGCUAGCAGGGUCAAACUUGCACCGCAUAUUGUUGAGGAGUUGGUCGUGAGUUCUCCGAGCGAGAGGAAUUGGAGAGGCAUCCUAAUAGCCCUUUUAGUUAUAAUAGCCGUUUUAGGCCUUAUUGUCUUCAGUAUAGUAUUGGUGUCGCCUCCAGAAGAAGGUCCUAGAAUAAAAGGUAUAAGGCCAACCCUAGAGGAUAUUUUUAUCAAGCUUCCACCCUCUGCCAAAUUUAAUGGGACGUGGAUAUCGGACACUGAAUUCAUUUAUAAAGAUGAACAUGGUGGAGUCACAUUGUUUGAUGCAGAUAAUCUGACUACAGUUAUUCUUAUGACUAACAUUACAUUUUUACAAUAUGAAGUGGCCGAUUUCCAGAUAUCAAGCGAUCUCAAAUACCUACUUUUGAUUAGCGAUGUAAGAAGAAUUUUUAAAUAUACUACAGUGGCCAAAUAUCACGUAUACGAAAUAUCGACGAGAUUGAGAAAACCUCUAUCUCCGAACGAACUAGACGAGAACGCUCCAUAUCUGCAGUUCGCGGCGUGGUCUCCAGACGGCGCUGCAGUCGCUUUCGUCUUCGAUAACGACAUCUACUACAAGCCGAAGGUGGAGAAGGACCUGGUAUGCAGGAUCACGAAAUCAGGCAGGCCAGGGGUGGUCUUCAACGGGGUGCCCGACUGGCUCUACGAAAACUACAUCCUAAAAACGUCCCACGCCAUCUGGUUCUCCCCGGACGGCAUCUAUCUGCUCUAUGUGGCUUUCAACGAUUCGGUAGUUGGGGAAUAUAAGUACCCUUGGUAUGGUGGGGAUGCCUCCGAGAGUACGUUGUAUCCGAAAAUAAAGUCUUUCAGGUAUCCAAGGGUUUCUACGCCCAAUCCAGUAGUAACUGUCUGGAUCGUUAACUUGACUAUGCCAAAAUAUCUAUUCCCACUGGAACUGAAACCAACGAAUAGCGUUCAGCCGGACAGCUACGUCACCAGUGCAUCUUUCCAUGGUGAGAACAACGUCGGAGUUGUCUGGUUGAACAGAGCUCAAGAUACUUACGUUAUUACUUCUUGUAUGUCGAAAAGCAACUACAACUGUUCGGAUUUGCAUAUUGAAAACGAGCACAUCGGUUGGACAGAACCAAUCUUCCAUCCUGUUUUCAACACUAAUGGAACUAAGGUUUUGGUACGUUUACCAGUGAAGGAUGGAGAUAAAGGCCAUUUCAUGCAUGUCUGUGAAAUCCACAAUAACAGAGUGAGACCUUUGACACAUGGAGCUUUCGAACUCACUAGGAUAUUGGCCUGGGAUGAAGAGAAUUCUAGCAUAUAUGCUAUAGGGACAACUGAAAGCUCUCCAUCGGUUCGCCAUCUAAUCCGAAUUACCGAAGACAGCUCGCCACAAUGCAUGACCUGCAGACCCGAAAUCGACAUGAACUCUACAUUUUCCGAAGACAUCAACGACACCAAGAUCAACAAUAGCCUAUGGUUAGAUUAUCCCUGUGAUUACAACAAUGUGAUAUUCAGUAAAUAUUUUAAGUAUUAUAUUCAAGAAUGUUUGGGACCAGAAAUUCCUAUUGUGCUGCUGGUGAAAACUUCGUCCAACACUAGAAGAGUUAUUUUAGAUACGAGUUUAAAACUUAGGAAAAAAAUUAGGAAGAUAUCGCCGCCACAGACGAAGACUAUCUCUGUUGAGAUUGAGUACGGCUUCAAGGCGCAAGUGAGACUCUAUCUUCCUGGGAUCCUGAGGGAGUACGAAGAUGUUACUUUUCCACUUGUUCUUCUUGUUGACGCAUCUCCAUAUUCGCAAAGCGUAUCCUCCAAAUGGGAGGUAUCCUGGCCCUGGUACCUGGCCAGUACCAGGAACUACGUAGUAGCGCAGAUCGAUGCCAGGGGAUCUGGCUUCCAAGGUGUCAAGAUGAGAAGAGAGAUUCAACGGCGGUUAGGCCUUAUAGAAGUGCAAGACCAGCUGCAGGUCCUGUCUUAUUUGAGGGACACGUUCAAAUAUAUCGACAAGACCAAGAUAUGCACCGUAGGCAAAGGAUACGGAGGUUACGUAUCCGCCAUGAUGUUGAUGCAGGAUUUCCACCAAGUCAUCAACUGUUCAGUGAGCAUCUCGCCCAUUUCCAACUGGAGAUAUUUCAACUCAUAUUUUGCUGAAAAAUAUUUGGGUUCACCAUCGAAACACUUACAAGAAUAUGAUAAUGCCGAUUUGACCAUGAAGGCGGCCAAUUUGAAUGGGCGUGAUUUCCUGCUGAUCCAUGGUACUGCUGACACUCUGAUAACACCACAACACUCGAUAAUGCUAGCCAAAGCAUUGAUCGAUCAGGAUCUAUUAUUUCAACAACUGGAAUAUCCAGAUGAAGACCAUGAUUUUCAGAAGAACGCAUUAUUGCACAUGUACAAGGAAAUCGAUAAGUUUUUCAACGAAUCGUUUGGACCUGUAAUAGACGACUGGACCGAAGAGACGUCGUUUUUCAUUUGAAUCCCUAUAUUUUCUUCCAUUUGUUACCUACAUUCCUAAGGAUGUCAGUGCUUUUAUACAUGUAAAAGUCGUUAAAUUUAUGUUUAUAAACGUUUAAUAUGUUU